GCAUAUCGCUGCCUAGCUGUUCCGUGACGAGUGGUAGCUAGCUACUGUAGUAGGUAAGCGAGCGAGCACUCCGAGCAGCGACUAAGCAAGAAUGGCCGGGGGCGCGUUCGCCGUGGCCGAUGGCGGCGCGUGCGUGGACUACGGCGGGCGGGUGACGUUCUCCGUGGUGGUGACCUGCCUCAUGGCGGCCUCCGGCGGCCUCAUCUUCGGCUACGACAUCGGCAUCUCGGGGGGCGUGACGGCGAUGGAGUCGUUCCUGUCGCGCUUCUUCCCCGGGGUGCUGCGCCGGAUGGCCGCGGCGCGCCGCGACGAGUACUGCGUCUACGACAGCCACGUCCUCACGGCGUUCACCUCGUCGCUGUACCUCGCCGGGCUGGCCGCCUCGCUCGUCGCCAGCCGCGUCACCAGGGCCAUCGGCAGGCAGGCCGUCAUGCUCGCGGGUGGGGCGCUCUUCUUCGCCGGCGCCGCCGUCAACGCCGCCGCGGUCAACGUCGCCAUGCUCAUCGUCGGACGUAUGCUGCUCGGCUUCGGCAUCGGCUUUACCAACCAGGCGGCGCCGGUGUACCUGGCGGAGACGGCGCCGCCCAAGUGGCGGGGCGCCUUCACGACGGGGUUCCAGCUCUUCCUCAGCAUCGGCAACCUGGCGGCGAACCUGGUGAACUACGGCACCUCGCGGAUCCCGACGUGGGGGUGGCGCCUCUCGCUGGGGCUAGCGGCGGCGCCCGCCGCCGUCAUCGUGGCCGGCGCGCUGCUCAUCCUGGACACCCCCAGCAGCCUCCUGGUGCGCGGGCGGCCCCUGGAGGAGGCCCGCGCCGCGCUCCGUCGCGUCAGGGGCGGCAAGGCGGACGUGGACGCGGAGCUGGAGGACGUGGCCCGCGCCGUGGACGCCGCGCGGGGCCACGAGGAGGGCGCGUUCCGGCGGAUCCUCGCGCGGGAGCACCGGCACCACCUGGCGAUGGCCGUGGCGGUGCCGCUGUUCCAGCAGCUCACGGGGGUCAUCGUCAUCGCCUUCUUCUCGCCGGUGCUGUUCCAGACGGCCGGGUUCGGCAGCGACGCCGCGCUCAUGGGCGCCGUCAUCCUCGGCGCCGUCAACCUGGGCUCCACGCUCCUGUCCACCGUCACCGUCGACCGGUACGGCCGCCGGCCGCUGCUCCUCACGGGCGGGUUCGUCAUGAUCAUCUGCCAGGUCGCCGUCGCGUGGAUCAUGGGGUCACAGAUCGGGGGCAACGGCGAGUCCGCCAUGGCCAGGCCCUACUCACUGGCGGUGCUGGCGCUGACGUGCGUCUUCUCGGCGGCGUUCGGGUGGUCGUGGGGCCCGCUCGCCUGGGUGAUCCCCGGCGAGAUAUUCCCCGUGGAGAUCCGGUCGGCGGGGCAGGGCAUCAGCGUGGCCGUCAACCUGGGCGCCACGUUCCUGCUCACGCAGACGUUCCUCUCCAUGCUCUGCACGCUCAAGUACGCCACCUUCAUCUACUACGCCGCCUGGGUCGCCGUCAUGACCGCCUUCGUCGUCGCGUUCCUGCCGGAGACCAAGGGGGUGCCGCUCGAGGCAAUGGGCGCCAUCUGGGAGGGCCACUGGUACUGGAGACGGUUCGUGCAGCCGGCGGCGGCAAAGACGACCGCCGAGGACCCCUGAUGAGCAACUGAUGUGGGGAUUCUUGUGGACGUGACACGCUUGUGUUGUCUUCACUUUGUCUGUGUUCGUCACGUCAUAUGGGAAGAGUUGUGUCGUGUGUGUGGAUAUUCUUGUCCGUGGGUUUUCUAAUACGUCAUGCAAGAUUCAAUAAGAGGGUUAAGCAUUCGUUGUCAAUGAGGUUUUAUGAUCAUGUAGAACGUAAUAAUAGAUUACUCAGCAA